AUGGCGGACGCAAAGCUCUUCGCGCGAGGUAAGACCUCAGAGCUGAGGGAUGAGCUCCGAGCGUCUGGCGACAAGCGCGACAAGGGCUUCAUGAGGAAGAAGACCGCCCUCAAGAAGAUUGUUGCCAACAUGACCAUGGGAAAUGACAUGUCACCGCUCUUUCCCGAUAUCAUCCAGUGCAUGGGCAUCCAAGUCCUGGAGAUCAAGAAGAUGGUAUAUCUGUAUCUCAUAAACUAUGGCCGUAUCAGACCGGAUGAACUCAACCGGGCUAUCAGCAGCUUCCUCUCUGACUGUGCAGACAGAAACCCCCUCAUCAGAGGCCUGGCAAUCCGAACCAUGUCUUCUAUUCCAUUACCCAACAUUGUACAAGCCCUCGUCGAUCCUCUGAGGCAUGGUCUGCAGGAUGCUGAUCCAUACGUCCGAAAGACCGCCGCCAUCGCUGUGGCCAAACUCUACGCCUCGGAGCCCGGCAAGAAGGUGAUUGAGCGAGAAGGAUUCGUUGGUAUGCUGCGAGACCUGCUCGCGGACCACAACCCCACGGUCGUCGCCAAUUGCGUCGCCUCUCUUGUCGAGAUAUCCGAGCGCGGCGAUGACAUUACGCUCAAGCUCAACGUGAACGUCGCGGGUAAACUAAUUGCUGCGCUGGGAGAAUGUUCAGAAUGGGGUCAGAUCUACAUCCUGGACUCACUCUUGUCGUUCAUACCACAGUCGCAUUAUGAGGCAGAGCAACUGGCAGAGAGGAUAUCUGUCAGGCUGCAACAUGCCAAUAGCGCAGUAGUGUUGACCACGAUCAAAGUCAUCCUGUAUCUCAUGAAUUAUAUGGAGGAUGAAGGUCUCAUCAAAGCUCUGGAGAGAAAGAUGGGCCCUCCUCUCGUGACUCUCCUCUCCUCUGGUUCCGAAGUGCAAUACGUCGCCCUGCGCAACAUCCUCCUUAUCAUCCAACGUCGCCCUUCCAUCCUCCAGAACGAAGUCAAAGUCUUCUUCUGCAAAUACAACGACCCCAUCUAUGUCAAGCUCGCCAAGCUGGAGAUCAUGUACCGCCUCACUCGCGAAGAGAAUGUGUCAGACGUGCUGGCCGAGCUCAAAGAGUAUGCUUCCGAAGUAGAUGUGGACUUUGUGAGAAAGGCUGUGAGGUCUAUCGGGAGGUUGGCUAUCAAGAUCUCCCCCGCAGCGGACGAGUGCAUUCGCACACUUCUCACCCUCCUCCAGACUAAAAUCACCUACGUCGUCCAAGAAGCCAUCGUCGUAAUCAAAGACAUUUUCCGCCGCUACCCCAACCAAUACGAAAGUAUUAUUGGUACGCUGUGUGAGAAUCUGGAUGUGCUGGAUGAACCGGAAGCAAAGGCGGCGAUGAUCUGGAUUGUUGGCCAGUAUGCGGAUAGGAUCAACAAUAGCGAGGAGCUGUUGGAGGAUUUCGCGUUUGGGUUCAGAGAGGAGCCUGCCGAGGUCCAAUUGGCAUUGCUCACGGCGGUGGUCAAGCUGUUCAUUCGAAGACCUACGGCAGCCCAAGAAUUGCUACCAAAAGUACUCAAGUUGGCUACCGAAGAAGCCGAAAACCCCGAUCUGCGCGAUAGAGGAUUCAUGUACUGGCGACUACUCACUGCCGACCCUGCUGCUGCCCGUGAUAUCGUCCUCUCUGAGAAACCACCGAUCUCUACAGAGACGGACAGGAUGGACAAGGGCAUGCUUGAUCAGCUCUUACUCCACACUGGUACCCUCGGCAGUAUCUACCACAAGAACCCGCACACCUUUAUCCGUACCGCCAAGCCGCGAUACCUCCCCGAUUCAAACGCGUUGAAUGCUUCUUCGAGGAGACGUUUGAUCACUCCGAGGGGCUUUUCGGCAUCGGCAGCGGUGAGGAGUGUGGCCCCGCCGGUAGUCCCUGCUAGACCGGUCUCUACUGUCAAUACCACCCUACAACCCCAGCAACCCCAGCAGGCGGAUGCGCUCAAUAGUCCCAUAUCGCCGAUUGCUGCGAGCAACGACCCGUACGGCAGUCUGAUAGAUCUUGAGUUUGGAAGCCAAGGUGGGGCUGGAGGAUAUCAGACGGAUGGGCCGAGGCCAAAGGGCGCGGAAGAGGAUCUGUUGUUUUGA